UUUCAGUAAAACGAUCCCACCAUGAAUGAUUCAAUGUAUGCCAAUCUGCCACCGGAAAUAUUAAUCAAUAUAUUUCAAUACUUGGACUUUUACGAUCUUCAAGCCGUCAAGUUAUCAUGCAAGCAAUGGCUUGCUGUAACCUUACUGCCAGAAUUUGAGAAAAAUGGAGUUUUUAAAAUUACAAAUGACAUACUGGACAGUAAUCAUCCUGCUGCCGAAGUAAUAAUGAACAAACAAAUUACGAAUUUAUACUUAAAAGGUGUUUUUAUCGGAGAAGCUGACGAAUUGUUUCAGCAUCUUGGUACAUCACUCAAAGCACUAACUCUUAAACUAGUACCAAUUGAUACUGCCUUGCCUAUGACUAUGAAGUAUUUUCCUCAUUUGCGUUACUUAAAAGUUAGCCAUAUCAAAAUGGCUUCAUUGGUUGGACAUAUUGACUGGCUUAUUAGUGGAAAGCUGACUGAGAUGAACAAAUUGAUUUUGACUUCAAAUGACUCGAUUGUCAACAAAUAUUUGUUGGACAGUGUUGAAAAUGCUGAGUCCUUAAAGGCUCUUACUAUUGAAUUUGUCUACAGAGAUGAAACUAAUAUCCUACAAGUCUUAGCAAAGCACUCGAAAUCUUUGAUUGAAUUAGACCUGCGUUAUUAUGAGGGAACUCCUUUAAGUGCAUCCAAAUGGGGUGAUGUAUUUGAGAAAUUGAAACUAACCGAAUUGAGUUUGCAGGGAAAUUUCCAUCCCGAUAUUGUUACCCGGGCCAUAGAAACUCAAAAAUCACUUCGAGCGUUAGACCUUAAAGGAUCUGUUGCCGUCGAUGACAAUUAUCUAUUUAAAAUCGGAAGAAAGCUUCCAUUGCUGGAAAGGCUCAUUUUGGAAUAUUGCGGACGUAUUACCAAUCGAGGUGUCAAUCAAUUGGCAACCCUGUCGCAUUUGAAGAACCUUGAUCUCACAGGAUGCAAUAAACUGACAUCACUUAGUAUUCAUGGUAUAAUUGGAAGGACUCCAAAUUGGUCCCUGAUGGAAUUGCAUCUUCAGGAUGUCAAUAUCGACGAAUCAGAUGUUUGCUUUUGUGCGAAUAAUUUACCAAAUCUAAGGAUAUUUAACUUGAGUGGAUGCGGCAAAGCAGUCACCGACAAAGCGAUACAGGAAAUAUUUGAAUUCCAGAGAAAACUGAGGGCUCUAAGAAUCGACAAUUGCAAAUUAACUGACAAUGGAAUAUUAGGCCUUGCCACUGGAAAUUCCAUACAGAAUUUGGAAAAUCUCGAAACUCUCAAUUUAAGAUCUUGUAAAGAGCUUACAGAUUUAACGUUAACCGGUGGUCUAAAGAUUCCACAGUUAAAAACCCUUGACAUAUCCGAUUGUGAGAAGUUGACUGUUCUAGGACUACAAGGAUUGAUUCGAAAUUGUCCCACAAUUGAAGUUAUAUCAAUAAGCAGUGGCAAAGGUUUGGGUUAUGAGGCUGUACAAAUUUUGACAAGUGGAUUGGGCAGGCUAAGAUUACUGAAUGUUGAAAAUUGUCGCGAUCUGUCGCAAGUUAGCGCUGCUGGUUGGAUGCAAACUAAAUUUCGGCCAAUUACAAAUGAGGUCACUUUGAGAAGAGAGAAUCAAUCUUUGCUGGAUCGGUUGAAGCAACGGGAAGCUGUUGUUUAGAUUUCAAGUGUUGUCAAGUAGUGCUUCGUGCAAUAGUUUU